CUCACGCGUGGGGCCGCCAGCGCGGGAGCGCCGCGGCCGCUGGGAGCGCCGCCACGCCGCGGGCGCCGAGAGCCGGGCGCGUCUCCAUGCAGGAGACGGACCUCUACCAGGCGCUGGGCGUGGCGCGGAAUGCAAACGACGGCGACAUCAAGCGCGCGUACCGCUCCGCGGCGCGCAAGUACCACCCGGACGUCAACCCGUCGGACGACGCCAAGGAGAAGUUCCAGACCAUCAACGAGGCGUACCAGGUGCUCUCCAACCCCGAGAUGCGGCAGCGGUACGACCAGUUCGGGAUGGCGGGCAUCAAGGGCGCCGCGGGCGCGCCAAACAUGCAGGACUUUGACCUCGGCGACAUCUUCGAGUCCUUCUUUGGCGGCUCGCCGGGCGGCGGCGGCGGCCGCGCGCGCCAGAACCGGCCGACGCAGGGCGACGACCUCCGCUUCGACCUCGAGCUCGACUUCAAGACGGCUCUCUUCGGCGGCGAGAAGAAGAUCCGCAUCACGCAGCUCGAGGCGUGCGCGACGUGCGCGGGCUCGGGAGUCGCGCCCGGGGCGUCGGUGACGACUUGUACAACCUGCGGCGGCCGCGGAGUGGUGAUGCAGACGGUCAACACCAUCCUCGGCAGGAUGCAGCAGCAGUCGCGCUGCCCCACCUGCGGCGGCUCGGGCUCGGUGGUCGAAAAGUACUGCGGCUCGUGCGACGGGCGAGGCACAAACAAGCGCUCCAAGCAGCUCACCGUCACGAUCCCUCCCGGCGUCGAGAACGGCAACCGGCUGCGCGUGCGCGGCGAGGGCGACGCGGGGCCAAAGGGCGGCCCCUCCGGAGACCUGUAUGUCUUCCUCUCGGUCUCGCCGAGCAACGGCUUCCGGCGCGAGGGCAUGGACAUCUUUUCCGAGGCGCGCCGCCCCGCCGCCGCCCCGCCGCCGCCGUUGUCUUGCCGCCGCCGGCUUUGGCUGUGCGCGGUGAGCGUCUCGUACCUCGACGCCAUCCUCGGCUCGACUCUCAAGAUAGACACCGUGGACGGCUCUCCCGUCGACGUGGCGCUGCCGGCGGGGACGCAGCCGGGCGCGACGCUCCGGCUCGAGGGCAAGGGCGCGCCCAAGCUCAACAACCUCAACGUGCGCGGCUCACACUUCAUCAAGGUCAACGUACAGAUCCCAAAGUCCCUCUCUACGAAGGAGAAGGAGCUGGUCACAAAGCUGCGCGCCGAGUCUCGGUAGGCCGCCGUCGCGGGGUAGGAACUAGGUGGGUGCCGGGGUGAGGAGAGUGGGGGCGAGAGAGAGGGCAGCGGAGGGUGCUUUCGUGCCAGACACGGGGCGAGGGGGGGUGGUGCGAUCGUCACCUCUCUACGAGCCGCCGCAGGCGCGGCGUGGCGCGCGGUGUCGGCGGUGGCUUGCAGUCCUCCCUCUCCAGCACUCACUCGCUGUCGCUCCCUGUCUGGGUGCUUUUCUCUCGUUCUCGAUUCUCUCGAUCUCGUCUCUCCUAUCUGUAUUUGGCACAGAGAAUUUUUUCGUCCGCU